UUAAAAAAUUCUUUUUCACAACAUUGUCUUUGAGAAAAUCCAAUUAAGAAAUGCCUACAACUCUUGUAAAUGAAAAUGACACAUAUCCAAUCAGGUGUGCAUUACUUUUCGAAUGAAAAUGCCAAUUGGCAUCUGUCACACUAGCAUUUUCUCAUUCUAAAAGGAAACGCCCUCAUAUACCCCUGUCCUCUGGCUUUCAGCUUUCUUGCCCGCCAACUGUUCGACGAAAUGUUUCUGUGGUUACGCAUUAAGUUUUAACUACAGAAUAGAAUGGUGGAUUGGUCGAGUCUUCCGGUUGAGCUUUUGGGAUUGAUUGCCAGACAACUGCGUUUUGCCCAAGAUUAUGUAAGAUUUGGGGCCGUGUGCAAGUCAUGGAGACGGGUUAUUCUGCAGAGAGAUGGCAGUUUAUGCUCACUGCUUCCAUUGUUGAUGCUUGCUGAGAAGGAAUUUAGUGAUUUACGUGAAUUUUGUUGCCCUUUAACUGACAGAAUGUUCAAGCUAUACUUGCCAGAGAUUCGUGGUAAGCGAUGUUGGGGUUCUUCUGAUGGCUGGUUGGUAACCAUUGGCGCUGAUUUUCAGAUGUGUUUACUUAAUCCUCUUACGAGAAAGCAGAUAUUACUCCCACCACUACACAAAUGCUCAAAUUUGAACACACUUAUUUGCUCUCCAGAAGAAUUUCGUGACUAUUUUGUGUGCAAAGUGGUUCUGACUUCAAGUCCUGCAUCUUCAAGUUGUGUAAUUCUGGCUAUAUAUUCUGAUUUUGCCAAAAUGGCCCUGGCUAAGCUAGGUGAUGAAUCUUGGACUCCAUUGCAGAGCUCUUCUUGCCUUUUCCUAGAUGUCAUUUAUUUUGGUGGACAACUUUAUGCUAUUGACAGCCUUGGGAACAUUAUGAUCUAUAGCAUUUGUGGUUCUUGUAUUGAGACAAUACCUUCGAAUUUGAUACAAUCCGAAGAUGAGCUAGAGGAUCGUCUUUUGUAUCUUGUAGAUAUUGGAGGACAGGUUCAUGUGGUCCAAAGAUAUGUUUCUGAAAUUUUAAUUACCCAGACUCCUGAACGAAAAACCUGGAAGUUUGAGAUCUACAAACUGGAAGCUGUCAGUCAUAAGUUGGAAGAAAUAAACUGUUUGGGUGAUUGGUCGAUAUUUGUUGGGAACAAUCAUUCUUUUGCUGUUUCAACUUCUGAUCACCCUGAAUGUUGUAGUAACUGCAUAUACUUCACCGAUGACUAUUCAGGAAUAUCUGAUCCUAUAUCACAUGGCUAUGAUGUCGGUAUUUACAUCUUUGAAAAUCACAAGAUACAACCUUUUAUUGGAGAAGAUGUCUCACCUGCUAGGUUUUCUGUACCACUUUGGUUCAGACCAGUUUUAGUGUAAUUUAAGUUCUUCUAGUUUCUUCUAUUAUUUCGCACUUGUACAAGAAGCAUGAUUCUAAAAUUUCAGGGACAUAUUAUAGGAGUAUCACAUGAAUGUGGCCUCACAAUUCAACAUGUUGAUUUUAUUAUGCACUAUGAUG